AAGCAUCUUUGUUCUAGAGCACAGAUCCACAGGGUUUUUAAUUGAUUACUAUGAGAAGAUGCUAUUAGAAGUGUGUCCUACUUGAGGAAAUUACCGACUUCAAAGACACCCUGACUUCAGAAUCCGCGUUUUCAGCUGUCCCCUGCCCUAGGUUUAGAGAUGUUCACUAACUUCCGGCAACUUCCAAUCACGGGAGAAUUAGAGUCUGGUUAUCUGGGAGGAAUCCUGUGAACAUUUAACCUGUCAUUUUGCCUGUAAGGCCGUGCUAAAGGGCACUUUCGAUAUCUUGAUCUUAAAAGAGCAGGAGAAGGUGGUCGAAAGGGAAAGGUAUCAUGUGCUCUGCUCACGUCGGCCCCUUGAGGGAAGCCUGCCUCUUGUCUCUGAUCAUGAUCCGGUCGCAAGAUUUGAACAAGAAAAACUUAAGCCUUGCUGGAUUCCCGCGUCAAAGAAUAGCUCCAAGCUUUCAGGAAGAGUUCUUGCUUGAAGACAAAGAACCGCUUGCUAACCACAAAAGAGGAAUCGAUGCUCAGCUUUUAGCUGCCCUCCCUAAAGUUGCAGAAUUAAGAAAACUCUUUGAACCAAAGAGGAAAGAAUUUUCAGACAUGAAAAGAAAAGAAAGAAUUGCCAGGCGCCUAGAAGGAAUCGAAACCGACACGCAGCCCAUCCUCUUGCAGAGCUGCACGGGCUUAGUGAGCCAUCAUCUGUUGGAGGAGGACCUGCCCAGAUACACGCGCGCCACAGACCCAGCCAGUCCUCACGUCGGCCAAUCAAAUGAAGAGGAAGAAACUUUGGAUUCUUCCUUAGAAAAGCAGACUCGAUCCAAACACUGCACAGAAUCCUCGGGCAUCCAUGGUGACUCCCCCUACGGUUCCAGCAUCAUGGACACCCAGAGCCUAGAAUCCAAAGCCGAAAGGAUCGCCAGAUACAAAGCAGAGAGGAGACGGCAGCUGGCAGAAAAGUAUGGGCUCACCCUGGACCCGGAAGGCGACGCCGAAUCUCCAUCUCGGUACAGCAAGUCCAGGAAGGACCCUGAGACUGCUGAGAAAAGGGGAGGGAAAAGUGACCGCUCUGCUGAGUUCAGCAAAGAUUCGGGCGCUUCCUACUCCCGGACCGAGAUCCCGGGGCUCAGGAGCUGCGUGGCUGGGUCCAAGGACCAUGCCCUCCACCGGCGCGCUGGUGUUUCCGACACAGAGGUGCUGCUCAACGUAGAAAACCAAAGACGAGGUCAAGAGCCCAGUGCCACCGGGCCAGCCCAAGACCUGCCCCCCGCGGGGGACGGCUCCGCAUCCUUCCCAUUCUCCGAGCGAGACUGCGCCCUCGGUGAAGUGCCAAGGUCCCCAAAGCCAAUGCACAGCCUGCCCAGCCCGUCACCUGGGCAGCCAGCCUCUCCGAGCCACUCCACAGGUGACCUGCCACUCCCUGCCGAGGCUCGAGCCAGUACCGGGAAACCCAAACAUGAGUGGUUUCUCCAGAAAGAUUCCGAAGGGGACACACCUUCACUUAUCAACUGGCCUUCCAGAGUUAAAGUUAGAGAAAAACUGGUGAGAGAGGAGAGUGCUCGCAGCAGCCCUGAACUUGCCCCUGAGUCCUUAACUCAGAGGAGACACCAGCCAGUGCCAGGCCAUUACCUGGCCUUUCGGUCAGAGAACUCAGCCUUCGACAGGGGCUCGGGCAAGGCAGCCAGCUCUGCACGACAGCCCGUCCAUGGCUACGUCCAGCCGGCAGAUCCCAGUCACACCAUCACGCUGGCGACCUCGGACACCCCAGAAAGCGCAUCCGAGCACAGCUGGGUGGAGCCGGCCACCCAGACCGUCACAAAGCCUCCCCCCUCGAAGGUUCUAGAAGGUGAGAGAAGAGAUACCCCGGUUCUCCAUAUUUGUGAAUCAAAAGCAGAGGACGAUGUGCUCUUCUCUGAAGCUCUGGAGAAAAGCAGGAAAACGCUUUUCGCUUUGGAGGAUCGUGGGCCUGGGAGAAGCCGGGAAGACCCCUCUGGAACCGAGGACUCGGGUAAGCCUGCUGCUAGCGCAGUCACCUCGGAACCUCAGAAGGAACCUGAAAGCCUGGCCCGCCCACCUCCAGCUCAGCAGCCCACGGAGAGGAUGGGUCGAAGCGAAAUGGUUGUGUAUGUUCAGAGCGAGUCUGUGUCCCAAGGUCACAGGAAGGAGGCAGAGCCCACGAGGAAGCGCAAGGUCCUCACCCGCUCGCUGUCUGACUACACGGGCCCGCCUCAGCUGCAGGCUGCGAAGGCCACGGCCCCGGCUUCCAAGCGCGACCCAGAGCCGCAGACGUCCAAGGCUGAGUCGGAAGUGGGCCUGCUGGACACCAAGGUCUCCGUCACCCAGCUCUGCAAUGUGUUCCUGCAGUCAGCCAGGGCCAACAAGAGACCCGAGCUCCAUUCACGGGUCGAGGGGUCAAGCGAAGGUGCUGGCUUGCCUACCAGCGUGGAACGGGAGAGAGGGUCCCGGAAACCAAGACGCUAUUUUUCUCCUGGUGAAAGUAGAAAGACUUCUGAGAGAUUUAGAACUCAACCCAUAACCUCAGCAGAACGAAAGGAAUCAGAUAGGUCAACUUCAAAUUCAGAAAUGCCAGCUGCCGAGGAUGAAGAGAAGGUCGAUGAGCGAGCCAGGCUGAGCGUUGCUGCGAAGAGGCUGCUCUUCAGGGAAAUGGAAAAGUCAUUUGACGAGAAGAACGUCCCGAAGCGCCGCUCCAGGAAUGCAGCCGUAGAGCAGAGGCUGCGGCGUCUGCAGGACCGAUCCCACACGCAGCCUGUCACCACCGAGGAGGUGGUCAUUGCAGCCACACUGCAGGCAUCUGCUCACCAGAAGGCGUUAGCCAGAGACCAGACGAAUGAGGGCAAAGAUUCUGCCGAGCAAGGAGAACCUGACCUCUCCACCCUGAGCUUAGCGGAGAAGUUGGCCUUGUUUAACAAACUGUCCCAGCCGGUCUCAAAAGCGAUUUCAACGCGGAACAGAUUAGACGUGAGACACAGGAGGAUGAAUGCUCGCUAUCAAACCCAGCCGGUCACGCUUGGAGAGGUGGAACAGGUGCAAAGUGGCAAGCUCAGCCCUUUCUGCCCCACUGUUAACAUAUCUGUGUCCACCCCGGCAUCUACCGUCACCCCCAUGUACGCAGGGAAUCUUCGGACAAAGCCACCACUGGAUGACAGCUCCGGUGCCGCUGAGCAGAAGUUUCCUUCUUCGCUAGAAAGUUCAGACUCCCCAGUUAGAAGCAUCCUGAAAUCCCAGGGCUGGCAGUCUUCGGUAGAGGCUGGUGGGAGCAAAGGAAUGUCGAGAGAAUUUGAAGAGACAGAAAGCAAGGGAAUCUUGACAGGUGGAGAUGGUGGUGUUACAAAGUACGGGUCCUUCGAGGAAGCAGAGCCAUCCUACCCCAUGCUUAGCAGAGUCCGGGAAGGAAAUGGCCAUAAGGAACCCAUCUAUGCUGUUCCGAGAAAGGGAAGCCUGGAGCUCGCCCAUCCUCCCGCGGCUCAGUUCGGUGAUGAACCGAAGGAAUUUUCCACUGCACAAAGCACCGCACAGGGGAGCCCGGACUGGAAGGACAGGCAGCUCUUUGAAGAGAAGGUGGACGUGGAGAAUGUCACGAAGAGGAAGUUUUCACUGAAAGCGGCAGAGUUCAUGGAUCCCACUGCUGAGCAGACGGGCACAGCUGCUGGGAGACCGGUCGCUCAGACUGCAACCCCCGUGUCCUGGAAGCAGCAAGAUCCCUCUGAACAGCCGCAGGAGAAGCGCUGUCGGAGUCCGUGUGCAAUGUUUGCUGCUGAAGAGAUCAAAGCACCAGCGGCGGAGGGCAUCCUCGACUCUCCCAGCAAAACCAUGUCCAUUAAAGAAAGAUUAGCACUGUUGAAGAAAAGUGGUGAGGAAGACUGGAGAAACAGACUUAACAGGAAGCAGGAGUAUGGCAAAGCGUCCGUCACCAGCAGCCUGCACAUCGAAGAAACGGGACAGUCGCUCAAGAAGAAGCGGGUCACAGAAAGUCGAGAGAGCCAGAUGACGAUUGAAGAGAGGAAGCAUCUCAUCACCGUGAGAGAGGACGCCUGGAAGACCAGAGGCCGAGGGGCAGCCAACGACUCCACCCAGUUUACCGUGGCCGGCAGGAUGGUGAAGCGAGGUCUGGCGUCCCCCACUGCCAUCACCCCAGUAGCGUCCCCUAUCUGCAGUAGAACGAGGGGCACCACGCCAGUUUCCAGACCCCUGGAAGAUAUCGAAGCCAGACCAGACAUGCAGUUAGAAUCAGACCUCAAGUUGGACAGGCUGGAAACCUUUCUAAGAAGGCUGAAUAACAAAGUUGGUGGGAUGCAAGAAACGGUCCUCACCGUCACCGGGAAAUCCGUGAAAGAGGUGAUGAAGCCGGACGAUGAGGAAACCUUUGCCAAGUUCUACCGCAGCAUGGAUUCCGCUCUACCGAGAAGCCCCGUGGAGCUGGACGAGGACUUUGAUGUCAUUUUCGAUCCUUAUGCCCCCAAGUUGACAUCCUCUGUGGCUGAGCACAAGCGUGCGGUGAGGCCCAAGCGCCGGGUUCAGGCUUCCAAAAACCCCCUGAAGAUGCUGGCGGCAAGGGAAGAUCUCCUCCAGGGGUACACGGAGCAGAGACUGAACGUGGCCUUCGUGGAAUCAAAGCGUAUGAAAGUCGAAAAGAUGUCCGCCAGCUCCAACUUCUCAGAAGUCACCCUGGCGGGAUUAGCCAGCAAAGAAAACUUCAGCAACGUCAGCCUGCGGAGCAUCAACCUGACGGAACAGAAUUCCAACAAUAGCGCGGUGCCCUACAAAAAGCUGAUGCUGUUACAGAUUAAAGGAAGAAGACACGUGCAGACGCGGCUGGUGGAACCUCGCGCUUCUUCCCUCAACAGUGGGGACUGCUUCCUCGUGCUGUCCCCCCACCACUGCUUCCUGUGGGUCGGAGAGUUUGCCAACGUCAUAGAGAAGGCGAAGGCCUCAGAACUCGCAAGUUUAAUUCAGACCAAGAGGGAACUUGGUUGUAGAGCUACUUAUAUCCAAACUAUCGAAGAAGGAAUUAACACACACACUCAUGCAGCCAAAGACUUCUGGAAGCUUCUGGGCGGCCAAACCAGUUACCAGUCUGCUGGAGACCCAAAGGAAGAUGAGCUCUAUGAAACGGCCAUAAUAGAAACCAACUGCAUUUACCGACUAAUGGAUGACAAACUCGUUCCUGAUGACGACUACUGGGGGAAGGUUCCAAAGUGCUCCCUCCUGCAGGCAAGACAGGUCCUGGUGUUUGAUUUUGGGAGCGAAGUUUAUGUGUGGCACGGGAAAGAAGUCACAUUAGCACAACGGAAAAUAGCCUUUCAGCUGGCAAAGCACUUAUGGAAUGGAACCUUUGACUACGAGAACUGUGACAUCAACCCCCUGGACCCUGGAGAGUGCAACCCGCUCAUUCCCAGAAAAGGACAGGGGCGGCCAGACUGGGCGAUAUUUGGGAGACUUACAGAACACAACGAGACGAUUUUGUUCAAAGAGAAAUUUCUCGACUGGACGGAACUGAAGAGACCUAACGAGAAGAACGCCAGCGAACUUGCCCAGCACAAGGACGACCCGCGGGCGGAGGUCAAGCCUUACGACGUGACGCGGAUGGUGCCGGUGCCCCAGACGACAGCCGGCACCGUGCUAGACGGGGUCAACGUGGGCCGGGGCUACGGCCUGGUGCAAGGGGACGACCGCAGGCAGUUGGAGAUCGCCAGCCUGUCGGUGGACGUCUGGCACAUCCUGGAAUUCGACUACAGCAGGCUCCCCAAGCAGAGCAUUGGGCAGUUCCACGAGGGCGACGCCUACGUGGUCAAGUGGAAGUUCAUCGUGAGCACGGCAGUGGGAAGUCGGCAGAAGGGCGAGCACCCGGUCAGGGUGGCCGGCAAAGAGAAGCGUGUCUACUUCUUCUGGCAAGGCCGGCAGUCGACUGUGAGUGAGAAGGGCACGUCGGCUCUGAUGACGGUGCAGCUGGACGAGGAAAGGGGAGCCCAGGUCCAGGUCCUGCAGGGCAAGGAGCCCCCCUGUUUUCUGCAGUGUUUCCAGGGAGGGAUGGUGGUCCACUCCGGGAGACGGGAGGAGGAGGAAGACAACACACAGAGCGAGUGGAGGCUGUACUGUGUGCGCGGAGAAGUGCCCGUGGAAGGGAACUUGCUGGAGGUGGCCUGUCACUGCAGCAGCCUGAGGUCCAGGACGUCCAUGGUCGUCCUCAACGUCCACAAAGCCCUCAUCUACCUAUGGCACGGAUGCAAAGCCCAGGCCCACACGAAGGAGGUCGGAAGGACCGCGGCCAAUAAAAUCAAGGAACAAUGUCCCCUGGAGGCCGGGUUGCACAGUAGCAGCAAAGUGACAAUUCACGAGUGUGACGAAGGAUCAGAGCCCCUGGGAUUCUGGGACGCUCUGGGGAGGAGAGACCGGAAGGCCUACGACUGCAUGCUCCAAGAUCCUGGAAACUUUAACUUCACAGCCCGCCUGUUCAUCCUCAGUAGCUCCUCCGGCGACUUCUCAGCCACCGAGUUCCUGUAUCCAGCCCGCGACCCCUCCGUGGUCAAUUCUAUGCCCUUCCUGCAGGAAGACCUGUACAGCGCCCCGCAACCAGCACUUUUCCUUGUUGACAAUCACCACGAGGUGUACCUCUGGCAGGGCUGGUGGCCCGUGGAGAACAAGAUCACCGGCUCCGCCCGCAUCCGCUGGGCCUCGGACCGGAAGAGCGCCAUGGAGACGGUGCUGCAGUACUGCCGAGGAAAAAACCUCAAGAAGCCGCCCCCCAAGUCUUACCUCAUCCACGCCGGUCUGGAGCCCCUGACCUUCACCAACAUGUUUCCCAGCUGGGAGCACAGAGAAGACAUUGCAGAAAUCACAGAAAUGGACACGGAAGUUUCAAAUCAGAUCACCCUGGUGGAGGAUGUCUUAGCCAAGCUGUGCAAAACCAUUUAUCCACUGGCCGACCUCCUAGCCAGGCCCCUGCCCGAGGGAGUUGACCCUCUGAAGCUGGAGAUUUAUCUCACCGACGAGGACUUCGAGUUUGCACUAGACAUGACCCGAGACGAAUACAAUGCACUGCCUGCCUGGAAGCAGGUGAACCUGAAGAAAGCAAAAGGUCUGUUCUGAGUCAUGAGAUGCUGGAGGAAACCUCUGUUGUCACUUUCAAUACUGUUGGACCAGGAAAAUGGAUGUGUUUUGUUUUUGGAAGCGGGGUAUGGCUAGUCCUUUAAAAAAUAUUUUUACAUCUGCGUUUUCGAGACCUGAAGCAAUCAGCUCUCCUGCUUGUUUGGGAGUUGUGCAUUUUGUAAAUGUUCCAGAAAACUCUCUGGAAACACACCUUCCACGAUUGAGCAGACGAUGUUUAUAAGGCAUCCGCAGCCCCACGCGCGCUCACGCAGGGGGUCCUUAGCGAAGGCCACGGCACUGCCCUCCUGGUCCUGCUAAGCGCUGCCUGUUAUUAUUAUUACUUUUUAAGCGGCUCCCUUUAUAAAUUGUUAUUUUGAUAGUUUGUGGAUUCUAAAUAUAUAUAUAUUUAUAUAAACACCGUAUAAAUCAAAUAUGUAUUUAACAAAGCAAUACGUAUUCAUUCACUUUUAAGGGUUUUUCUCGUGUCAAAAUAAUAUUAAAAGGUAGUUGCUUCUGUUGAAUUAGUUCUGCCACCAACGCGUACCUUCACCCACGUUCAGAGGCGCCUCCUUCAGCGUUAAGUUGGACUCGUUCUGAGUGCUGCUUCCGGUGCUAAGAUGAACAAAGAAUUUAUACUUCCAGGCACAGGCUCUUAAGAAUCUGUGCAAAUCCACCUUUCUACCUUAAUAUCGCCCCCGAAUGUAUAGUGCCUUGUAUUAUGUACAGUUUAUAUACAGAAGAGUUUGCUCUGCAGUUUUUGACGAUGGUUUGGAACAUCAUCUACAAUUCUACGCUGAAAUGGUAGAAAUUUUAAAAAGAAUCUCAAUUUCUAAUACCUGUUGUAAAAAUUAAAUGUGUCAUUCGGCGAUGGAAGACUCCAAAAUAAAAGCUUCAGAAUAAACACGACUA